CCGACCGAUAAACUCGCGUUCAAACGUCGGCGUGCGGCCACUGAAAAACGGUCGGCCGGUACUUGUCGGCUCUUGUUCGGAUUUGUCGCUUGCGCACACCUCGGUCUCGGUAUUUUUCGUCUUUACAGUUUCGAAAUCAAUCCGCCACUCUCCGAUCCCGGACGAGUUUAUCGAGAACUCCCGUCAAGUGGCUCAAAGUCUACAACGAAUUUGGUUUUUAGCAGUUUUCACGUAUUUCGUAUCGUCCGUUGCUGCAGUGCGCCGCCUCUCGUCGAAGUCGGUAAAUAACACAAAACCGUCGUUCGUCGUAAUAUAAUACACCCGCCGCCGACGACGUACCUGCAAGUGUGCAACGAACGAUACAUAGGUAGCUGUUCGCUACCGCAACAGGACGUCCGCAGCAGGUUUACUUAUCAUAUGGUUAAGGAUAGAAUGUGACGCCUAGACUCAAAAUGGUGCACGCAGGCACGGUGCUCAUAAGUGCCGUCAAGUUGGCAACCAAGGUGGCCGGUGGUGGAAAAUUACUAUUUUUGCCUACGUUCUUGGCCGCUUUAGCAUAUUACAAUUAUGACCUGUACGACCCAGAGAACCGUCUGGUGAACGAGAAGAACCUGAGAUCCGAGUAUGAUUUCAUAGUGGUGGGCGGUGGUUCGGCGGGCGCCGUGGUUGCCAACCGUCUGUCCGCAAACCCGGAAUGGAACGUCCUGUUGCUGGAGGCUGGAGGACACGAGUCCGAGAUAACAGACGUGCCAGCCAUAUCGCUGUACUUACAUGGCAGCAAGUACGACUGGAAGUAUAAGACACAGCCGGAAAGCUCUGCGUGCCAGGCGAUGAAGGGCAGUCGGUGCUGUUGGACUCGGGGUAAGGUGAUCGGUGGCUCUAGCGUGCUGAACACCAUGCUGUACGUGCGGGGCAACAAGCGGGACUACGACAACUGGGAGAGCAUGGGCAAUCCCGGCUGGGGGUUCGAGGACGUGCUCCCGUACUUCAAAAAAUCGCAGGAUCAACGAAAUCCGUACCUGGCCAAGAACACCAGAUAUCAUUCUACUGGCGGAUAUCUGACCGUCCAAGACUCGCCGUGGAACACGCCUUUGGGCGUCGCUUUCUUGCAAGCCGGCGAAGAAAUGGGUUACGAGAUACGUGACAUCAACAGUGAAAUUCAGACCGGAUACGGACUGUACCAGUUCACGAUGCGUCGGGGUUACCGGUGCAGUUCGUCGAAGGCGUUUUUGCAACCAGUGAGGCUGCGCAGGAAUCUGCACGUGGCCCUGUGGUCACACGUGACCAAAAUUCUCAUCGACCCCGACAGCAAACGGGCUUAUGGCGUGGAGUUUGAACGGGACGGCCGAAAACGGGUUGCGCUGGCCAAAAGAGAAGUCGUGCUGUCCGCGGGCGCCAUCAACAGUCCUCAAUUGCUUAUGCUCUCGGGCGUUGGACCGGAAGAACAUCUAAGAAGUAUCAAUAUACCGGUAAUUCAUCAUUCACCGGGCGUCGGUGAAAACCUUAUGGACCAUGUGGCCGUUGGCGGCCUGGUCUUCCCCAUCGACUAUCCAGUUAGCUUGGUCAUGAAUCGUGUAGUCAAUAUACCCGCAGCAUUAAGGUAUGCCGUGCUGGGUGAAGGACCACUGACGUCUUCCAUAGGAUUGGAGACUGUGGCAUUCAUCACUACCAAAUACGGUAAUCAGUCGGACGACUGGCCUGACAUCGAGUUCAUGCUGACGUCUACGUCGACCAACUCGGACGGCGGAACGGCGGCUCGGAAGGCGCACUGUCUGCGCGACGAUUUCUACAACGAGCUACUGGGAGACCUCAACAACAAGGACGUGUUCGGCGUGUUUCCGAUGCUGUUGCGGCCCAAGAGCAGGGGUCGCAUCCUGCUCCGAAGCAACAACCCUCACCAGUACCCGCUUUUGUACCACAACUAUUUCUCACACCCCGAAGAUCUGAGGGUGCUGCGAGAGGGCGUCAAGGCAGCGGUGGCGGUGGGUGAAACGACUGCCAUGAAACGAUUCGGCGCUCGAUUCCACGCCAGACCCGUGCCCGGUUGCAAGACCCUCGAGCUGUUCACCGACGAGUAUUGGGAGUGCGUGAUACGUCAGUAUACCAUGACUAUCUACCACAUGUCUGGGACAUCUAAAAUGGGACCGCCUACCGAUCCUUUAGCAGUAGUCGAUCCCAAGCUCAGAGUGUAUGGAAUUCAGGGCUUGAGAGUGAUUGACGCCAGCAUUAUGCCUCAGAUCACCAAUGGUAACAUCAAUGCUCCGACAAUAAUGAUUGGUGAGAAAGGUUCUGACAUGAUAAUCAAUUAUUGGCAUGGCGUUGACACGAGAAGGAGAAGGCGUAGAAGUGCCAAUAUUACUAUUAGUUAGCCAAUAUUACCAUCUGCAGCCUAUUAGGUUAAGCCCUCGAUCAUCUCAAUACUUAUGUAAAGUUGUGUUGCUCAAUUUUUAUAAAAAUGUAUAGGUAUGUAAUUAUAAGAUCAAACGACUAUUAUGAUUAUUGAUUAUACUAUUUUUAUGGAUAACUUCUUCUAUACAUCUUUAAAAUUACAUUUAUGGUUUACGACUUAUUAAAAACAUUUUGUAAUAAAAUGUUGAAUUACUUGUAAAACUUAUCAAAACUAAUUGUACGUUAUUAUUCACUCUAGUCUGGAUAUACAUAUUAGUAUUAUUAUUAUUACUAUUUUAUUUCUUAUUGUUUUACAAUACUUAAUUGUGAAUCACUUUUAUAUUUCUGUUGUAUACUUACGCAUUGUUUCAAAAUUGAUUGAAUCAUUUAUACUCUAAUUCCAUUGUAUUUGUUUUAUGUAUAACUAUAGUACCUAGUAUUUGUAAACUAACACUGUAAAUCAAAAUAUUAUGAACAUGACUUGAGUAAACUACAUUUAAUAAGACCAUUGGAUGUCUACUUAUAACAGAAAAAUGUAUUUGUAUAAUUAUUUGAAAUGUAUUGGGUAUUAUGACUUUUUAAGAUUGAAUUUAUCUACAAUGGUACAUUGUCCGAUUGUCGCAUCACAUUUGUUUUAGCUACUUAGAUAACAAUAUUUUAAAAUAUAGUAAUAUCAUUAAAGUUAUUCAUAAAGCACAAUAUUCUAUCUUUAUUGCGUUUGCCAUUGAGUAUAGAUUGUUAACUAUACUCAAUGGUUAUAUUUAAUAUCAGAUUUUACUGUGAGUUAAACAUUGAUGUAGAGUGAUAAAAAUUUAAUUUAAUACAGAACUUAAAUUUUAAU